UAGAUAGUUUGCCGUUUUCUCCAAGCUUUCAAGCCAGACAAUGGCGAAUUGUGAGAAUAAUCCGUGGAAGAAGAACGCGUGGGGCAAAAAUGAGGAAACUGCUGAAGAACCGAUAGUCAGUUUUGCGGAUGUCCUGAGCGAAGAAUUUAUUGAGGAUCUGAGUGUUCAAGAAAAAUUGGAAGAAGAGAGAUACAUGAAGCAACUCGAUCAAAUGUUCGGUGAUACUUCAGUUUCUGAUGAUCAACUCCCCAUAAAUACUGAAGGAAUGACUGAUGAAGAAGUUGCACUUGCUCUUCAACGCCAUUUUGACCGAGAAGCAGAUGUUGCUCGUGCUGUUGGAUCUUCGAGUUCGGUUCACUUCACACCUGACCGUUAUCAUCCAAAAACAAUGCAGGAAACAGAUUCUGAGAAUGAAGAUGAUGAUGCUUUGAGACAGGCUGCAACUGAUAUGCUCUAUGCGAAGCUUGAUGAGGAAAAUGCAACGAAUUCUCGUCUUCGACCAGAAGGUCCCAGUACUUCACGAACAAAGCAUGAUACUGGUGUCAGUGGGCGUCGUAAUGCUGAUAAAACUUUCAAUGAUCGGAACACCCUUCCAACAGGCGAUAUGGUCGGCGACAAGCUCAACAAUAAAGUUUUCAACAAACUGAUGGCAUUUGGAAAAAGUGAAUCGAAGCGUCAAAUGAGAAAUAAGGAUAAAGAAGAGAAAGCAACAAUGGAUACUUCUGUUGACAGUGACACACGUCUUCUUCUCCUUAAAUGGAUCAAUCAAGGAGUAUUUGAUUCUGUCGAUGGAAUUAUCGCAACUGGAAAAGAAUCGGCGGUUCUUCACGCUGCUCAAGACUCGGCGACCAGCUAUGCCAUCAAAGUAUACAAAACCACACUGUCCGAGUUCAAAAAUCGCUCAGAGUACGUAAAAGACGAUUUCCGCUUCAAAAAUCCGCGUGGUGUUCUCAAGAUUUGGGCAGAAAGAGAGUUUAUGAACUUGAGCCGAAUGGCGAAACAUGGACUUCCGUGUCCACAACCUGUCAAAGUUCGUCGCAAUGUUCUUGUCAUGUCAUUUCUCGGAGAUCAAGGUCUUGCCGCACCAAGACUCAAAAACGUGGAAUGGGAAUUUUUCACUGACGAUGAGCGCAGAAAUGUUUACGAUCAAGUACAAUCGAUAAUGUGUCGAAUGUACAAAGAAUGUCUUCUGGUUCAUGCGGAUCUGAGCGAGUUCAAUCUUCUCUUAACUCCUGAUAAUAAAGUUCACGUGAUCGAUGUGUCUCAAGCAAUGGAUCUAUCUCAUCCACGAUCAUUACAAUUCCUCACUCGUGACAUUCAAAAUAUUAUCACAUUCUUCACUCGUAUCGGAACUCCAAAUCUUCCAACCUACGUUCAACUAUUCAAUCUGAUUACUGACCUCGAUAUGGUAGAAGAUCAUGAUUUGCUCGUCCAAGUUGAACAAUUUUCCGAAGAGAAUAGAUCCGUAGACUUACGUCAUGAUAAAUCUCGGCCAGCUGAUAUGGAGCUCAAGAAAUAUAAUGAAGAGAAGAAAGCGAAUCGAGGCAUUUCACCGGCGAGAGAGUAUAAUUAAUCAAAUUUAAUUUAAAUAUUAUAUUUAAGUAUCGUUUGUUGUUUUUCUUUUCUAUUUUUUGCUCCUUUGGUUUGUUUACUUUAAUGUAUUGUUUAACGU